AUGACGCAACCAUCAACUAUUACUUCUCGUUUCCUCAGCCACCCACAGCAGCUGGGCGUGGUGGCUGUCGGGUUCAAUGGCGGCCAGAUGAAGAAGGGCGUUGAGGCAGCCCCCAUGGCCCUCAUUGAAGCCGGCCUGCUUACCCAACUCCAAGAGGACCUGGAAUACGAAAUCCAUCACGACAACACCGUCCACUACUACGAGAACGACAUCCCAGCAGAAGACCCAGACCACCGGAACAUGAAAAAGCCUCGCGCCGUAAGCGCCGUCACUGAGCGCCUCAGCUCCCAGGUUUACAACUACGCCAAGGACGGCAAGUUCGUGCUCACCCUCGGCGGCGACCACUCCAUCGCCAUCGGCACCAUCUCCGGCACAGGCAAGGCUAUCCGGGAACGCCUCGGCCGCGAAAUGGCGGUGAUCUGGGUUGACGCCCACGCCGACAUCAACGUUCCCGAGAUGAGCCCGAGUGGAAACAUCCACGGAAUGCCAAUGGCCUUCUUGACCCGGCUGGCCCGGGAAGAGAGACGCGAUAUCUUCGGGUGGCUUCAGGACGAGCACAUCGUGAACACAAACAAGCUGGUCUACAUCGGCCUACGUGAUGUCGACCGCGGCGAGAAGAAGCUGCUGCGUGAGCACGGGAUCAAGGCAUUCAGCAUGCACGAUAUUGAUCGGUAUGUUAUCUUUUACCUCCCUUCUUCAGGUUACACCGGUCUACCGAUCAUGGUAUUGGUCGUGUUGUCGAGAUGGCGCUCGCUCAUAUCGGCAAUGACACCCCCCAUUCAUCUGUCCUUCGACGUCGAUGCGCUGGACCCCCAGUGGGCGCCCAGCACAGGUACGCCUGUGCGCGGAGGGCUGACUCUGCGAGAAGGUGACUUCAUCUGCGAGUGUGUCCACCAGACCGGUAACCUGGUCGCAAUGGAUUUGGUCGAGGUGAACCCCAGUUUGGAAUCGGUUGGUGCGGCGGAGACUAUUCGCGCGGGAUGUUCGUUGGUCCGCAGCGCGCUGGGCGAUACCCUUCUGUGA